AUGGAGUUUGCGAUCGGGGGUCGGGGUCCCGGCGGCUGGGCUGGCGCUUUUCAGGCGGCCUCGCGAAAGCGACGAGCGGCGCGCGUUGCCGCCGCAGUCGUUGCCGGGGUUGCUGCAGUCGGUGGCGCCACCUACUACUGGACGCAGCAGACAGAAUGUGACGCGGAAAGCUCGACCCAGCUUGAGAGCAGUGUUAAUAAUGACGUGCAAGCGCUGAUAGAGCGGCAGCGUGAACGAAGCGUUGCCCUCACCGCGGCGUCUCCGGAGCGCUCGCUGCGAGAGCACCGGUCGACGGGGGCAAGUGUCAGAAGCGGCACGAGCCGCAGCGGUACCAGUCAGUCAGCAGCGAUAGCGAUUUCUCGUGCCCCGUCGAUGGCGGCUCUGAAGUCGAUACCCAGCGAUGCCGCCAGCGGCCGCAGCAGCGUGCGGGUGGAUCGCAAGUUCUUCAGCCAACUCUGGCGCUUUAUCAGAAUCAUCGUUCCAUCGAUUCGCAGUCGGGAAUUUUGGGUUGUGCUUGGUAUUGGAGUGACGCUGGUAAUACGUACUCGUCUGGAUAUCUGGGUUUCGGACAACGCAGGCGACAUUGUGAAAGCGAUUGUCGCGCGUGAUCGCGAGGCAUUCAUGAGAAAAUGCGUUCGCGACAUCUCGAUCAUGAUGUUUCCCAUGUCGUUCGUGAACAAUAUCCUGAAACUGCAGAUUUCGCUGCUUCGCGUUAUGGCGCGGAAACGAUUAACCCUCUAUUUUCACGAGCUGUACUUGUCCCAGCUGACAUUUUACAAAGCCACGAAUCUGGAUAACCGCAUACAGAAUAUCGAUCAGCUCGUGACGCAAGAUGUGGAAAAGUUCUGCACGACGCUGGUGAACCUCUACUCGAACGUCAGCAAGCCGCUGCUGGAUGUGGUUCUUUUUUCGAGCCGCCUCGCGCGCUCACUGGGUGCAAAGGGACCUGCUGUUAUGAUCGGCUACUUUAUUCUAACGAGCGCAAUUCUGCGCAAACUGCAGCCUCCCUUUGGUCGGCUCACCGCAGAUGAGCAGCGUCUCGAGGGAGACUUUAGACUGUGUCACUCGCGCCUCAUCAUGCACGCUGAGGAGAUCGCUUUCUACGGCGGCGGACAACGAGAAAAGUUCUUCAUUAAUGGCACCUUCGAAAAGCUGCUGCAGCAUAUGCAACGCAUCUUCAUGGCUCGUUUCCGCAUUGGUCUUGUUGAUAGUAUUCUGGUCAAGUAUCUGGCGACCAUCGUUGGCUACUGUGUGGUCAGCAUGCCGAUAUUCUUUACGUCGGGGUUCGUGCGGACCUUGCUGGCUCCGCUCGGAGGCCAGAAACUCAUUGACCAGAACAAGCAGGCGGAUGCGGAGGAUGCCGCUCUGGUGGCGGAAAUGUACACACGGAACAGCCGUUUACUGAUUUCUCUCUCAGCAGCAAUUGGUCGACUCGUACUCUCCGGGAAGGAACUCACUCGUUUGGCGGGGUACACAGCCCGAGUUGGCGAACUUGAUUCAGUGCUGGGUGACCUGCGACGGUCGCAAGCUGCUGACUCCCAUUCAUCGCUCGACGCGAUCGCCAAACUUGGUCUCGAGGAUGUUGAACUUCGCGCUGCAAUGGUGCCUGGUCGCCUCGUAGACAACGUUGACUUUGUUCGCUUUGAACAUGUGAAUAUCGUCUCACCGGAUCGGAUCCUGCUUGCGAAGGAUCUGACGUUUGAGGUACCGCCGGGCACGAACGUCUUGAUCACUGGACCUAAUGGAUGCGGCAAGUCUUCGCUCUUCAGGGUGCUUUGCGGUCUGUGGCCGCUGUACGGGGGCACGCUGUAUCGACCUCCCCGAUCCCGAAUGUUUUACAUUCCGCAACGACCCUAUCUGGCGAUUGGAUCCCUCCGGGAGCAAGUCAUCUACCCGAUGACCACCCUGGAGAUGCGCAGUCGGAACAUUCGCGAUGAAGACCUCCAGAAACUGCUCGAUGAAGUACAUCUCGGAGAGCUCAGCCGACGGCGUAACGGCUGGGAUAACGUCUGUGACUGGUCCGAUGUACUCAGCGGGGGCGAGAAGCAGCGAUUGGCCAUGGCGCGUCUGUUUUUCCACCGACCGCAGUACGCUGUUCUCGAUGAAUGCACAUCCGCCGUGAGUCUAGAUGUAGAGGGCUAUCUCUACACACACGCGCGCGAGCUGGGCAUUACGCUGAUCACUGUGAGCCAUCGGCCGAGUCUGUGGCGGUUUCACGAGAAGCUCCUGCGUUUCGAUGGACACGGUGGAUGGACCUUUACAGAUAUCAAACCAGAGGAUAUUCCGCAGCUUACUGGGAUCAACGGGGAAUCAGUUGCCGCGUAG